GCUGCAGCGGCGGCCCUCCCCCUCCUGCAGAAUGCCCGACAUGCAAACGGAAACAGGCGCUACCAUUUUGAAACGCAGCACCGUCUAAGCGCCAUGGACAAGAGCAACACAGUGAAGCUCUUCGUGGGCAACCUGGCGUUGGACACCACCCAGGAGGAGCUGUCGGCCAUCUUCGAACCCUACGGCCAGGUGGUCAGCUGCAGCGUGCUGCGCCAGUUCGCCUUCGUCCACCUGCAGGGCGAGGGCGCCGCCGAGCGCGCCAUCCGGGAGCUCAACGGGCGGGAGUUUCGCGGCCGCAAUCUGGUGGUGGAGGAGUCGAGGGGCCGGCCGCUGCACUCCACCAAGGUGUUUGUGGGCAACCUGAGCGGCAUGUGCACCACGGAGGACCUGCAGCAGCUGUUCCAGACGUUCGGGAAAGUUCUCGAGUGCGACAAAGUGAAAGCCAGGCAUUCCUCUUCCGCAGGCUACGCCUUUGUGCACAUGGAGAACAAGGAGGACGCGCUCCAGGCCAUCGAGGCGCUGCACGGCACGUCGUUCAAGGGCCGCCCGCUCUCCGUGGAGCUGUCCAAGGUGCAGCCCAGCAAGCAGGCGCCGACGGGCAAGAUCCCCUGCGUCAACUGCGGCAAGCAGGGCCACUACGCCGGCGAGUGCCCCGUGGGGAAGCCGUCGCUGGAGCAGUACCAGAGCCAGGCGGCGGUGCUGGCUGCCGCCGCCGCCGCGGCCGCCGGCCUGCCGCUGCAGGUGCAGCAGAGCGUCCACAACUCCGUCUACAACACCUCCACCUUCGACCCCACGUACGCGGCGCUCACCGGCAUCACCACGGGCACGCGCACGGACGGGAACCCCGUGAGCUCGGCGGUGUACGGCGCCCUCGCCAGCCAGGUGUACGGCGCCAACGUCGCCAGCCAGCUGUACGGACAGGUGGCCAAUCAGGCGGCUCUCACGUCGGGCGCCGCCCAGAUGUACGGCUCGAUGGGGCCCAACAUCUACGGGCAGAUGGCGGCGGCCCCGGGCGCCGCGCACGCCGCCGCCUACUCCUCGCAAGUCUACGCCCCGGCGAUGGGCAACUCCCACGUCUACCUGACCGCGGCUCACGGACUGGAGAUGCCCUCGUCCGCGGCCAACGCCGGCUACGCCAUGACCCCGGCGAUCUACGGCGCCGCCGCGCCGGCCUACGCUCACAUCGGCGCCAUGGGAGGAGGGGACACCGCCACGGCCAUCUUUGAGGCCGCCCGACAGGCGCACUACUACGCCCAGGGCCAGCAGGUGAUGGCCGACCAGCAGUCGGUGGCCGCCGCCGCCGCCGCCAAGUCCGGCGACAGGGACCGCAGCCCCCUGCGGCGGUCCCUGCUCCCGGACCCGGUGAUGAAGCCGUUCAUUUACCCGAGGGCCAAGCCGCGGCGGCCCCUGCUCCCCACGCCGGCCGGCCGCGCCGCCGAGGAAGCGGCGGAGGCCGCGGAGGACCCCAUGGCGAGGUACUACGCGGAGUACUACCAGCAGCUGCAGCAGUACCCCCAGUUCCAGUACGCCUACCCGCCGCCCGGCACCAUGACGGCCGUCCCCGUGUCGGCGGUCCCCGCCGUCUCGGCGAUGUCGGCCCAGUCGGUCGCCGCGCUGGAUGCCCUCAGGCCAGUGGUCCCCGCGGUAGUGGCCGCCGCCAUGGCCGCGCCAAGGGUGUAUGAGCCGCCGUUGCCGCCGCCCACGCGCAAGGAGGCCAUCCUCCGCCGCCCCGAACUCUCCCUUCACACGCCUGAGCCCCCCUUCCGAUAGUCGCACACAACUCUCUGCCCCCCCCACCCCUCCCUCUUCGCCCUGAACCCCCCCCCCCCCCAUCUCUCCACAUCUCCUCUUCCACCCCAAACUUGACCACCUUACAGCAGCUGUAUGUAUGUGUGUGUGUGGGGGGGGGGCGGGGUUUGAAACUGGGGCUCCUGGGUUUAUUAACCUGCUUCACGAGGGUCGGCUAACCUUGGUCCUGUUUGCACACACACACACAGUGCAGCCGUGAAAGGAGGGCUCUCCGGGGCGUUCCGUUCUCCUCUCUCUCUUCAUCGUGCCAGUCUCUCACACUUGUGCCAGUAUUAAACCGACCCGGUCGGUCGGUUCACACGCCUUUCUUUUUCUUCUUCUUCUUCAUUUUAUUUCCACGAACCCAGUCACGAUGCGUCUCCGGCUAAAACCCCAGAACGUCCCCCGGGGGCCCGGUGACCCGUCAGGGCAGCUAAUUUGAAAAAAACCUUCUUUUGCCUUUUACGUCGGGAGAGUUUUGAUUUUGUAAUGUAAUCUGACGGGAAGCCAGAUAAACGCAUAUUGUGUCCAGGCUGCAUUGCACCGUGUCCAAGAGAACCAAGGUUGGCGUGUUUCGGGGGGGGGGGGGGGGUGUCCUGGAUGUGAUGUGUCGUGUGAGAGAGUGCGGGCUCCUGACCUCGCGGCGCACAAACGCAGCGGCUCAGCCUGCGCCUUGCAGAAAGAAAAGAAAAAAUCCCAUAAAGCACACAUAUUACGACCUGUAAUGUAUGUUUGGAUCUCUCCUUUGACCACUCCCCCCCCCUCCCCUCCCUCACCUGUCCUCUUAACUACUCCACUGGAAGACACGUCUUCACCUCUCUCUCUAACUACAGUUGCCUACCUCUGACAGUCAAUUAAUUUAAUUCUGUUCUAUUAAACACUUUUCACACAGUUCAGCUCCUGCUCCUUAAAGGUACAGGGUCUUUAUUUUAGUGAGGAGGGGGGGGGGGGGGUUCAGUUACUUUUGUAGAUAUGCUGUAUCAAGUCCUCCUACAUGUCCAGAGGCCUUUAAAACACGUGUUUUUGUGUGUUGUAGUGUCGCUCUACGUGGAACACAAGUCAACCUGGGGUGUAGUGAACUGUACAUGUGACGACUGGAAGCUGUUUACACGGGAUCACCGCGUCCCGCUAGGAAUCACCACAUGUGACCAGCUCAAAUAUGUGCCUCUAAGCUUUGAGUGAAGUGCAUUACGUGGAGGGAUCUCCCAUUUAAAGUGCUUUUUAAAAAUCAUUUCAAGGGUUUGGGGAGGGGUAGCGGGAGCCCUUUCGGAGCUUUCUCGUGGACUUGCACUCCUGUGCAAGAUUCUGUUUCAUAUCUUAGUUUUGUUUUUGUUUGUUUUUCAUAUAUAUAUUUAAAAAGAGCCACAAAUUGAGCCUCACAGGUUUCGUAAUUGGCCGCUGGUUUUCUGCAGGAACGACAGUGAUGGCACCAAUGAAUUGAGAGAUGGGGAAGUGUCUUCCAGAUGCCCCGACUAUCUUGAAUUCUUCUUUCUUUUUUUUCCUCCAAAUACCAGACCUGCGUCAGAUUGUGAAUGCAACAACAACAAAAGUUUGUUUUUAAUCCGGUUAUUGGAGUUUUUCUGCAUGAGGCUUGUCCUGAGAAGCAAACUCCACCCAUUUGGUUAAAAUAAAUGCGUAACAAAUGCUCACUUUUGAUAGGCAGCCGCUGUCUGACAGCAGUCUGACGCGCACACGGACGUCCUCUGAAUUCACCUGACUGCCUCGCUGUUCCCCUCCUUCUCCUCCCCCUCUAUGGUUUUUAGUAGUUACGUGACUUUUGCAUCUCAAAGUGUAAUCUUUCUGUGUUGCGUAUAUAUAUAUAUAUAUAUACAAACACAUACCAGUUGCAUCAUUUGUAGAAUUAUGUGGUUUGCGGGGAAAAAUGUCUUGUUUGCCAUGUUUUGAGACCGUAUUUUCUAGAGAAGUACUUUUUAAUUUUGCCUCUUUAAUUUUAAUUUUUUUAGAAAAAGAAGACAUUAAAAAAAAAACACAAAAUCGGCAUGCUUUUUAUUGAGAAUAUGUAUCCUAUAUAAUCAUUAUUAUUAUUAUAAUAAAUAAAGAAUGUUUGGCUCAC